AUGGCAUCUGCUUUGAAAAGUUCUUUGGGCUUCAGCGAGCCCGCUGGCCUCAAGAAGGAUGAGGGGACUCCACUGAGGGCUCUGCCAUCAAACUGGUACACGUCACCAGAAAUGUACGAGCUCGAACGAAGGGCCAUCUUCUCCCGGAAAUGGCUUCUGACCACACACAAGCUGCGCUUCCAGAAGACUGGCGACUACCUCCUUUACAAAGCGGCUGGAUAUCCAUUCAUCCUGGUUCGGGACCGCGACGGCAACAUUAAUGCAUUCCACAAUGUGUGUCGCCACCGCGCGUUCCCUGUUGUGACCGAUGACAGUGGUACCGCUCGGAUCUUCUCUUGCAAGUACCACGGCUGGUCCUAUGGCCUGAACGGAAAGUUGGCCAAGGCACCCGGUUACCAAGAUCUUGCAGACUUCGACAAGAGUAAGAAUGGCCUCUUUCCAAUCCACGUCCACAUCGACGUCAAUGGAUUCAUUUGGGUGAACCUGGAUUCCAAGCCGGAGCCGGAAAUUUCCUGGGAGGAAGACUUCAAGGGAAUUGAUUUGCAGCCGCGCUUUUCCGGGUUCAACUUCAACGAUUAUACCUUUGAUCAUACAUGGGAGAUGGAUGGGGCCUUCAACUGGAAGAUCCUCGCCGACAACUACAAUGAGUGCUACCACUGCGGAACCGCCCACCCAGACGUGCCGGCAGUCGCAGACCUGGAAGCCUACGACGUGGAUAAUCAGGGUGCUAGCAUCGUCCACAAGCCCGGGACCACCGCCGAGCAAACCGCCGCGGGCAUGACCGUUGCCAGCACGUACUACUUCCCGAAUGCCUCCAUGACCGUGACCCCACACUUCUUCUUUAUGCAGCGUUUUGUGCCGACCUCGCCCACUAGCUGUGAAAUGCGCUACGAGGUCUUCCGGCACAAGGAUGCCAGCGACGAGGAAUUCGAAAAGAUCAAUUCGCUGUUCAAGCGCAUCAUGGCCGAAGACAAAGACCUUUGCACCAACACCCAGAAGAAUCUGAACACUGGUGUUUUCGUCAACGGGGAACUUCACCCGCACAUGGAGAAGGGCCCCCUCUACUUCCAGGCCACCGUGCGAGACAUUGUCACUAGCUUCCACAAGCGGGAGCAAGAAUCCGGCCAAGAAAUCUGGCCCUCUCGACAGCAACUUCCUGAGGCUGCCACGAUCAGUCAGGAUGACGUGGACUUCUGCUUGAACCUCAAGAAUAGUAAGCCUCCAGGGGAAUGCGCUACCCAGGCUGGCGGUUGCUGUGGAGGUGGCUGCAGCACCGCCAAUAACGACGCUUUGGUUUUCUAG